CGUCCCGGGUGAAGUCCCGGCAGAGCCCGAGCAGCGGCCCAGCGAGCGUAGAGCAGCUGGUAGGCGGCACGUCCCAUCGGCGACCUCUCACUGCUCCCCGCCGCUGCUACCUCCGUCCGAACCGCGCACGACAUGAGCCAGGCCCACUGGACAGGGAAAAGAACAGACAUGCUCCCGGAGAUCGCCGCCGCCGUGGGCUUCCUCUCCAGCCUCCUGAGGACCCGGGGCUGCGUGAGCGAGCAGAGACUAAAGGUUUUCAGCGGGGCUCUCCAGGAGGCACUAACAGAGCACUACAAACACCACUGGUUUCCUGAAAAGCCGUCCAAGGGCUCCGGCUACCGUUGCAUCCGCAUCAACCACAAGAUGGACCCCAUCAUCAGCAAGGUGGCCAGCCGGAUCGGACUCAGCCAGCCCCAGCUGCACCAGCUGCUGCCCAGCGAGCUGACCCUGUGGGUGGACCCCUACGAGGUGUCCUACCGCAUCGGGGAGGAUGGCUCCAUCUGUGUCCUGUAUGAGGAGGCCCCGGUGGCUGCCUCCUAUGGACUCCUCACCUGCAAGAACCAAAUGAUGCUCGGCCGGAGCAGCCCCUCGAAGAACUACGUGAUGGCGGUCUCCAGUUAGGGUCCCCCGCCGCCCCCAUCAGGCACGCUACUGUACUCAUUCUGCCGCGACAACAGGCCACCGCAUACCUCAACCUGGGGAACUAUUUUAAAUGAAGAGCUAUUUAUAUAUAUAUAAAUAUAUAUUAUUUUUUUUAAGAAAAGGGGAGGAAAAAAAAAAACCAAAGGAUUUUUUUAAAAGAAAAAUCCUUAAAGGGAGCUGCUCAGAAGUGGCCUCCCCAGGUGCCUUUGGAGAGAACUGUUGUGUGCGCUUGAGUCUGGGACCCAGUGCCUGCCUACGGGAGGGGGCGAGUCGUGAGGGGGCGGACGUGACAGGGGUGAGGUGGGAGAAACUUGGCUGGCCCCCCAGGAAGAUGUGAGAAGGGAGCAAGCAAGGUUAGCAACUGUGAAUGAGAGUGGCCAGGAUCUGGCGUGCGGCGGGGAGAAGAGAGACUGAGUUCAGACCUCUCUCUCCAGAGCAGGAUACCUGCCUGCACCCCUGGGCCCUCUCCUCCUCAGGGGCAUUCAAGCCUGGACUUCAAUUAUGCUAUGUUACCUAAUCUUCUCUUCUAUUUUUCCGGGGAGAUCUAGGGCAGAAAGUGAAAAGUCCUCUCCCAGUUACUUCUAUCCUAAGCAGCUUUUCUUGAAAUCAUGACUUGUUUCUGAUCUACACUCAGGGGCCUGUAGAUGUUGCUUCCCAGGCAGGAAACAGAAAGCUUUUUGUUUUGUGGGGUUCAUGGGGGCAGGAGUUAGAGUUAGAGGUUAUUGGGGUUGGGACAAAAGGGUACCCUGCACAAAACCUUGGCUUUGCUAUGUGCUGCUCUGUGCGGGGGUGAAUAACUUGGGGGUGGUUUGCAAUGGAAUUUUGGGACCCAAAGAGUAUCCACUUGGGGAUAUUUGUUUUUGGCCAAACCCUUCUUUUUGGAACCACACGAAACUCCUGAUGCUGCCGCCAUUACCCCUUCGAAAGUUGACUCAAAAGCUACGGGGAACUCCAGGUUCUUUAUUACUGCCUUCUUUUGCAAAGCACAACACUCCUCCCUGACUCUCCCACUCUUGUCCCCUUCUUGUUGGGUCAUGGAGCUGCCCAACUUUCCAGAACAAGAGCUCUCACUCACUGUGCAAUAUGGCCUCCUGGAUCCCAGGAGAGUCUGAAGGAGAACUGCUUCCCAGAACCUCCUGGUGCCCUGGAGGACUUAGGAAACUCUCCCUCCUCCCUCCAUGCUCGGGACUCUGGCUGGCUGGUCAGCCUUGCAGGAGUUCCUUGGCUGAAUGGGAGAAUGCCCCAAGUCCUGCAACUACUUGGUAUUCUUGUAGGGCUGACACUAAAAGCCACAAUCCUGGGCAUUGCUUUUUUUUUCCUUUUUUAUGGUUUUUUUUUUCUCCCCCUUCCGUGGUGCUCAGAGCACCCGUGGGGAAGUUGCUGUCUCAGUACAAUCCAAGUUUGUCUCUAGACUUGUGCAAUAUUUACUGUUCUGGGUUGGAGCCCAUGGAAGUCCAUACUGGGAAGAAACCCUUCCUUCGGUUUUUCAGUGACAUUAGCAAGGAGUCCCUCAGAAGGUCUUGAGUUUUCCAACCCGAAUCACUUUAGAAGGGUGUAGCUAGAGCAUCUGGUCGACCUGGCACCCCUCCUACGACAGCCUACCUGGCUGUUGCCCCUUAGUGAGGAACUUUUCUCCCUAACCAUCCCCCACCCCAGGGGUCCCUGCUCCACAGUCAGUCCCCUUCCCUGGAUUCCUGAACUAGUCAGUUCUGACACAAAGGUGCUAUUUACCAAACACUCUCCCCUACACACCCCAUUCCUGCCAGGUCUGCCCCCUUUUCAACUCUAGACUCCAAGCUGCCUUCCCAGACCCUGCUUCCAGCCUUUCUUGCUUUAAAGAUAACUUCAGGCCCGCAGACCCAAGAGCACCUUUUCUGGCCUGUGGGUGGAAAUGAAGCUGUGAAUCCCCACAGACUGUGGUGUUGCCUCUUGUCUACAAACAGGCCCCUGCCUUUUUCAAAGCAGCCUCACGGUCUCGUGCUUCAUCUUCUCUCAUUUUUUGUUUUUUUCUUUUUUGAUGUUCACUUUAAAAACAGCAAAACACCCAGAGCUGGACUGUUGAGCAGGCCUGUCUCUCCUAUGAAGUAAAAAUAAUAGUCGUACAUUUGUAAGCUAUAUUCUGACAGAAAAGUCAAAGGUUACUAAUUGUAUAAUAGUGUUUUUAUAUGGAAGAAUGUACAGCUUUAUGGACAAAUGUACGCUUUUUUUGUUGUUGUUACUUUAAUAAAAAUGUUGCAGUUGAA